AUGGCGUCCGGCUCCCUCGCGGGGAACAAGAUCCACAACUUGCCUGUUUCCUACCACCUCCCCUCAUCAGCCCAGACAUUCACGUCACUGUUCUCCACCCCGCAACAAGUAUACGUGCAUGCGGCACCCGGACGGAGCGAUGUUGGCCACGGCGAUGAAGCAUGGGGCGCAAUCUACUUGAAGACGGUGGUGCAAGGCAUUGUCAUGGCUAGCCCAGAAUUACAUCCCGCCCACCCUUGCUCACCCGACCACUCGCUCUACGUCCUCGACCCCCGAGAAACGUUCCUGCGGCGGACGCGUUCUGCUGCAUCAACAGCAGAGGUAUGGACGGGGAAGGGCAUGGUCAGCUGGGCCCUGGAUGAGCCCGGCGUCGGAAAGAGUCUCAUCACUGGACGCCUCGUCAGGCGUCCAGAAUUUGUGACUGUCGGCACCUCGGCUAAGAACUCAAAUCCCCUCGAGGCACUCGUCGCUGCCAACAGGAAUGCCGGCAUCGACGGGGCAGCGUGGGGCAUCGAGCUCUGCGUCGGCCUCAAACCCACAAUGGCUGGCCCUGCUUUCCCCGGACCUCUUCAUGUGUCGGUCGAAGACGGCAGUGCCGCCGGCGUCCCCGUCUUCCCCGACGGACUGCCUCUUCCGGUUCACGCUCCGCCACAGAUGCCCUCGAGCUCGACCCCGCAUUCCGACAUGUCGCAACCGCCUUCUCAACAGGACAAGCCGAAGCUCCCGAGGGGACGACCCCUCGGCAAGAAGAAAAAGGCAGCCGCUGCCGCUGCGGAGCGCGAGAGACUUCAGCAGAAGGAUCAGAAUGUCCCUAUCCGGCCUGCAAUCACGCACAACUCGCAUGCACCAGUCCCCACCCCUCCGCCAUCCAUGCCGGCUCCUCAUCCGUCGAGCACCCCCCUCCGCUCCGAUGACUCCAACUCUAUGGGUAUCCCGGCUGAGAUCUACGCCAAACCGGAAACGUUGACGAAGGACCAGGCUCAGCGGCUGCUCGAGUCACCAGCAUUCCUUAACAUGCUUGAGCAGCUGACGGGGGCACCGAUCAAGUCGGCGACCGAGAAGGCGCGCGCGGAGGCUGAGGCGAGGAGGGCGGCCGAGGCGUCAGCGUCGAAGAAGCGAUCAUCACCGGACCCGACGAGCUCCCAGCCGCCGGCAAAGCGGCGAAGCAACCAGCGACAGUCGACUGUCGGAGGCGUGACGAAGUGCUACAACUGCGGCACGACGAAGAGCUCUGUGUGGCGCACGAAGAAGGUCGACGACAAGAUGGAGCGCGUGUGUAACGCGUGCGGCUUGUACUACAAUAAAACAAAGACGAUGCGGCCGCCGACAUUGUGGUCGACCAUCCCCGCCGACCCGCCAAGCGAGCCGUCCGAGCCUCAGCCCAUUGCGCCUUCGCCGGGCUUCAAGCGGACACUGACACAGGUCGCCGAGAGCGACGCGCGGCGGAUCGCCAACGGCAAGGCGCGCCAGACUCGUGCGGGUGUGCGUCCCCCCAAGGCCGUCGGUCCCAUGACUUCCCCGCCACGCGCGCCCGCCGCCGCUGCCCGCGUCCGCAAUGCCAAGUUUGCGGAGAGUGCCGCUGCCGCUGCCUCGUCUCCCGGAGGCUGGGCUCAGCCGCCGAGCGAAGCAAAGACUCCUGCCCGCCGCCCGCUGGCCGACACGGAGCAGAAUCUCGCCAUGCCGCUCAGCGACGACGCUCCCGCACCCGCGUGGAACAGCCAGGCCGGCGCCUUCUUCGACGUCGACGGAUUCAGCAUGAAGCCCGGAACCACUACGCCGGGACCAUCUACUGCCAAACCGCACCCGAGUCCUAGGAGGCACUCGGAGGCAGACGUCUCGAGUGUGGUCCGGGCCCGCGCCCACCAGGAGCAGACGGAUCCCGCUGCCUCGUCGGAGGACGAUGUCUUCUCCCAACUGUUCCAGCGCACCUCGAGCGCGGCGUCGCUCGAUGCGCUCAGCCUUGCGUCAUCGCCCUUUGACUUUAGCCAGUUACCGCCCUCGUCCCCGCCAGCCCUGCCCUCGAACCUGCCACACUCGGCGCUCCUGCUCUCUUCGCCCUCAGGCAGUCCCGCGCACCAGUCCCCGCUCGACCCGUCCCCGAGAGACAGCGAGUGCUCCAAGAUCUCGCCCCCGCCGCAAUCGCAUCCGCAGCCCAGCGCGCUUCGGCACUCGGUCACGCCGCACGACGACGAGAGCGACAAGGAGAACAGGGACAGCGCUCGCGACGAAAAGGCCCAGCUCCAGGACCUCAUCAACAAGCUGUCGGACAACGGCGUGGGGAAUGCGGACGAGCUGCUCGCGCUCUUCAACAACUUCCCUGCUGCCAAUGCGUAG